AACAGUAGUAGUAUCUGAAUAGAUAGAGAGUGAUGAAAGAACUUUCGCUUCACUUCCAUCUUCAUCCUUCUCUACCCCUAUUGAGCCAUUGUACAUUCCAAAGUGAAGCACACUCUCGCAAAGAAGCAUGCCAUCAAUAUCAUAUUUGUGAUUCCUUCCACGUAGAAUAGAAUAGAAUACAAGCGAAAAGGUGAAGUUUUCAACUUUGGCCAAAUUUCCACGGUUUUGGUCUCCUUAGCUAGUGACCAUUCCUUUUGGGGUUUUGUCUUCACCCCAUUCUCUUCACGUGCCUCAGACACUUGACUCCUCUCUCUUCCCUUCCUCGAGACCUCCCCACUUCUCUUCUUGUUCUCACAUCGGCGGUGCCACCACAAACGACCUAUGCAGUCAACCCAAAAGGCCAAAACUAGAUCAAGAUUUAGAUCUUCCUCUCCUCAUUCAUGACUGUGCUUCGCAGUUGGGCUCCACAAUGUCACCCGCGCCACCAUUAAAACCACCAAAGCCACUCUCUCUGCAACCGCGUUCGGCCGCCACCACCACUAUCUCUCUCUUUCUGCUCUUCCUCCUCCGCCUGCCCUCCUCGACAGCAGCUCAUAUUUGCUCAGAACUUCCCUCCGAAACAGCCAAAUAUUCAUGUCCACCUUUCACUUACGCCCCGUCUUUUCCUUUCUCCUCGCAUCCUGGCUGUGGUCAUCCAUCCUUCCAAGUCAAAUGCUCACUUCCACAUGCCAUCAUUUCCAUCAAUAACCUCACCUUUUCCCUCCUCCACUAUGAACCCAACUCCCCUUCUCUCGUCCUCUCCCCUGCAACAGUUCUGCCGCCAUCUUCACACUCCAAACAAAAUUGCUCUGUUCAGCAUACUCUGUUUUCCAUCCCCAGCAAACCAAUCUCCCUUGUUGGCUCCCCAUUUCGGUUAUCUGACUCGUAUUGCUCUAGACUUUCAGUCGUCAAACCUUGUCCACCUCCAAACCUUCCAAACUGCAGCCAUUGUUCUUGGGAAUGCAAACUUAUCAAGAACCCCGUAAACCUUCUUCCUGAAUGUAGAUCAGAACACCAAGAAGACUCUCAACAGGGAUGCCGAGGUGAUGUUCUGGGAUUUCUUGACAAUUUCUUGAAACUUGGAGUUGAAGUUGAGUGGGAUGAAGACCAAGAUAGCUACUUUACGAGCUGCAAAACCUGCAGGGCUAAUAAUGGCUUUUGUGGGUUCAAUUCUUCGGACCCUGGAAUGCCAUUCCUCUGUUUCAAAUCCCCAGCUGCACAAAUUCGUGAAAAAGGGGCCAACAGGAUUGCAAUCCUGUGCAUUCUUUUGUUGUUUAUGUGUUUCUUGAUCAUAUUUUUUGUUGCUACUGUUAUUUUCAGGUCUAGGCAAAAAGGAUUGGCCUCAGAAGAAGAUCCCACUAUUGUCUUCCUUCGGAGACACCGCUCAGCUAGUCUCCUUCCACCAGUGUUUACUUAUGAGGAGCUUGAGUCUUCCACAAAUCAUUUCGACCCAAAACGCAAAAUUGGCGACGGAGGAUUUGGUUCUGUCUAUUUGGGCCAGCUUAACGAUGGCCGCAGAGUGGCAGUAAAGCAUCUUCACAAGCACAAUUCAGGCAGAGCAGCUGGGGAAAAAGCAUUUUCGACAAAGUCAUUUUGCAAUGAGAUCUUGAUCUUAUCUUCACUCAACCAUCCCAAUUUAGUUAAGCUUCACGGCUAUUGUAGCGAUCCGAGAGGGUUGCUUUUAGUGUAUGAAUAUGUACCAAAUGGUAGUCUCGCGGAUCAUCUCCAUGGAGCGACGGAUUUAUAUGCAAAGGGCACGUUACCAUGGAAUCUAAGAGUUGAUAUCGCGCUACAAACUGCAAUGGCCAUCGAAUAUUUGCAUUUCUCAUUAGUGCCACCAAUUGUUCAUAGAGACAUUACCUCAUCAAACAUUUUUGUAGAGAAAGAUAUGAGAGUCAAAGUUGGUGAUUUUGGGCUAUCAAGGCUACUGAUUUGCUCAGAAACCACGACGGAGAGGGAUAAUUCUUCAGGGGGUGUUUGGACUGGUCCGCAAGGUACACCAGGAUACUUGGAUCCUGAUUAUCAUAGGUCCUUUUUGUUGAAUGAGAAGAGUGAUAUAUAUAGCUUUGGAGUAGUGUUGUUGGAGUUAAUAACUGGGAUGAGGGCCGUGGACCAGAGGAGGGAAAAGAGGGAAAUGGCACUGGCUGAUUUGGUCGUGUCAAGGAUACAAAUGGGACUGUUGCAUCAGGUUGUGGACCCUGUUUUGGUCGUAGAUGCUGAGGCAAUGGAAGGUGUUGGUGCUGUUGCGGAGCUGGCUUUUCGAUGUGUGGCAGCAGAUAAGGAUGACAGGCCUGAUGCUAGGGAAGUGGUGGCGGAACUGAGGCGAAUUAGGGGCCGCCCCCGUGUGGUUGCUGGCGGUGGUGCUGGGGUUUUCAGAUCGUCCAACUCCAGUAAUGUUGUUGUUCCAGAUAGUAUUGGAUUAACGAGCUAAAACAAGACACGUGAGCUUUGACUAUUGUGGAGUUGAGAGAUUGAUCAAAUUGUACGUGCCCGUAAUGUUCAUGACUUUGUUUACUGUGCAGCAUUUAAUUGAAUACCAGUGCCGGCCUGUGUGCCACUCGA